AUGGAUGCAAAACAACGUAAUGAUGACAUAAAAGAAUUUCGAAUAGGUUCCAGUCGAAUCUUGGUAAGAACAGAUAUGCUUGAAGCUGAUACUGAUAUUCCACAAGUUAGUCCUGUUAUCAAUUAUGAUUUACCGACUAAUCGUGAGAACUAUCUUCAUCGUAUUGGACGUCUUGGUCGAUUCGGUCGAAAAGAUAUAGCUAUCAAUUUCAUUAACAAUGAUGAACAACAAACAUUACACCACACUGAACAAUAUUAUAAUACAGAAAUCGAAGAUCUGCUCAUGAGCAUUGCCGAUUUGAUUUAA